AUGGGCAUCGGAAUUGCGUUGCUGGGCGCUGGCAUUUUUGCGGUUGAGCACCAACUUCCAGCAAUCAAAGCGUGCUCGUCUCUUUCGUUGAAAGCCAUCUACUCUAGGUCUCAAAAGACAGCAGAGGAUGCCUUGAAGGAUGCAGGCGAGGAUGUGGACAUCUACUUCGACUCGUUGACUUCCCCAUCACAGAGUCUCGAGGCUUUACUCAAUCGCGAUGAUAUCAAAGCUGUGAUCAUCGCAGUCCCUAUUCUUGCCCAACCCCAUCUGAUCCGAAAAGCCAUGGCUGCGGGCAAGCACAUUAUGAGCGAAAAACCCAUUGCCAAAGAUGUUGCAACUGCUGAAGAUCUUCUGACGUUUUACCAACCCUUUUCAAAGAAAGUCGUGUGGGCUGUUGGCGAGAACUUCCGAUUCUGGCCAUCAGUCAGCAAUGCUUUCCAGAUAUUGCAGGAGUCCAUUUCAGAGUUGGUGACCUUCAGCGUAAAUUUCUACACGCUAGUUGACCAAGCAGACAAAUAUUUGGAGACUGAGUGGCGUUCUACACCAGGCUAUCAGGGUGGCUUUCUCCUUGAUGGCGGUGUUCAUUUCGCUGCUAUCCUACGCUAUCUUCUCAGCGCGCUGGGGCAGAAAGUUACCAAUCUAUCAGCUUUCACGGCCCUGCUGCAAGAAAGGCUGCCGCCCGUCGAUACAAUCCACGCCGUCAUGGAGAUAUCCAAUGGGCGGAACGGAACAUUCGGCGUCUCCGUUGGAACGAAGUUCAGGGAUAACUUCGAAAUUAACGUUGUUACGGAUACAUGCAGUGUAACGAUCAGGCCCACUGAAGUUGUCACUACGACCAAGAACGCGUCAGGUGAGGAACAGGUGUCCAAACACGAGUUUGCAAGGACCUUUGGUGUCGCAGAAGAAAUAGUAGCAUUCGCGGAAGCUUUUGAGGGCAAAUGUUUGGACCCGAGGUUGACGCCUGAAGCAGCCCUUGGCGACCUCAGAUUAAUUGAAGCUAUGCUACGGUCUGGAGAAGCUGGCGGACAAGUCCAGGCACUUGAUUAA